GCAACUCUUCCAUGCUCGAUUCGAAGAAGCAACGGCAGCCAUUUCCAUCGAACCAAAAGACCAUCGAGUCAAAGAAGAAGAAUCGAACCACAGAAAGAAGAAGAAGAAGAAGAAGAAGAAGAAGAAAUUUGAACCAGAUUCCAGAGAAUAAAGAAACCAAAAGAAAAUAUGCAUUCUUUUGGUUAUCGAGCCAAUGCAGUGGUCACUUUCGCCGUCACCAUUCUUGCAAUUAUGUGCGCCAUGGCCUCCUUCUCUGACAACUUCAACUCUCCCUCUCCCACCGCCCAUAUUCAGGUUUUGAAUAUCAAGUGGUUCCAGAAGCAGCUUCAUGGCAAUGACGAGGUCAGCAUGACCUUAAAUAUAUCGGCGGACAUGCAGUCGUUAUUCACGUGGAACACAAAGCAGGUUUUUGUUUUUGUAGCUGCUGAGUAUGAGACUCCUAAGAAUUCCUUGAACCAGAUCUCGCUGUGGGAUGCUAUAAUACCUUCCAAAGAAAAUGCAAGGUUUUCUAUUCACACUGUAAACAAGUACCGGUUCAUUGAUCAGGGAAGCAAUCUCAGAGGUAAAGAAUUCAACAUGACGCUGCAUUGGCAUGUAAUGCCGAAGACUGGCAAGAUGUUUGCUGAUAAGAUCGUGAUGUCGGGGUAUCGCUUACCAGAGGAAUAUCGAUGAAUACGCCUUGAUGUGGUAUUUAAAACUUCAAACCUUUUCCAUAUAUGAGAAUACAGAAAAUUCAGUUCAGCUGAGUUAGAAAAUUACAGACAGGAGAAAAGUUGCAUUGCAGCAUGUAUGAGAUAGCGAUAGAAAGAGAGUUUUGCUUGGACUUUUUGAUACAUUCCUAUUUCAUUUGAAAUUCUCCCUUCCCCAUAACUUUGGCCUAGCCCUUGAUUUUGAUGCCUCGAAAAUUAGAAAUUAUAAUGUGCCAUCACUUUCAUAA